AUGACAUCAACAACAUUUGAAUAUCGUUCUCAUUCAAGUGAACAAUUAUCGCCUCCAAAAAUUCCACUUCCAUCACUUCGUUCUGCUCAUUCAGCAUGUACGAUUGAUAUUAAAUCAACAACGUCAUCAUCAUCAUCAUCAUCAUCAUUUUCACUUGAUAAUGAAACAAAAAAUGAAAAUAUAAUUUGUUCAUCAUUAUCAAAUCGUCAAACAAAUUCGGAAUAUUUUCGUAAAUCAAAUUCACUUGAUUCCGGUUAUAAAACAUUAAGUGCAGCUAGUCAUGGAACAUCACAUACAGAUACAAUUGAUGAAGAAAAUGAACGUAUGAAUAGUUUUUUACAAAUAGCAUCUUCACCAUCAUCUUGUUCAUCAUCAUCAUAUGCUGUUUCAAAUACAAAUAAUAAUCAAAAAACUAAUACAAAAAUCGAAUUUAUUGUUGAUGAUGAAGAUGAUGUUGAUGAUAAACAAUCAAAUAUAUUAAGAAAAAAUUCUAAAUCAAAUACAGACGGAUUAUCAUCAAGUGGUGAACGUCGGUCACGUAGAAAUAGUCUUUCAAAUUAUUCGGUAUCAAAUUAUAGUGUUCUUUUAAAUGAAUUUUGUUGUACAUCAUCAGAUCAAAUUGAUCAAACAAUUCAUGAUGAAAAAAUAAUAAAGAAAAAAAGUGGUUUUGCUAAUACAGUAGCAACAUUUUUUUCAUCAAAAAAAAAAGAUGAUGAACAACAAAUACCUAUAACACCAACGAAAAAAAUCAAUCGAUCAAGAAGUGUAUCAGAAACAUCAUUAGAAAGAACAACGAUCAAUCAAGAUUCGAUUGAACCCAUAAAACCACUUUCAAUAGAAUGUAUUGACGAACAAAUAGAUAAUGAAACAAAAUCAAAAAAAAUGCCAACUACAACAACUUAUACUAUUCCAUCAAAAGGAGGAAAAAUAUCUACACAAUCUCUUCUAACAACAUCAUCAUCAACUAAUAACAAUCAACAUACAUCAUCAUUAUCACAUUCAUUUAGUUGGUUACAUCGUCUUUCAAAUCGUUUUAAUUCUUCAACAUUAACAACACGUACAAUAACAACAGCAACAAAAACGAGUAGUACUGGUUUAAUAUUUGAAAAUCGUCCAAUAAAUUUACCACCAAAAUCAAAUGAAGAAACACUUAAACAUCAAGUUGAAUAUCAAAAAAUGUGUUUUGAAGCUAAACGUGCUCAACAAUUAUUUGAUGAAAAAGAAGAACAACGACAACGUCUAAAAUUAAAACGUGAAGAAUUUGUUUCAAAAUCAUUAAAAAUUUGGACACAUGAUAUUUUACCAUGUUGGGAUAAAUAUGGUGGAAUAGAUAAUUGUCCAGAUUUAACAUUAAAUUCAAAAGCUUAUAAAUUAUGGUGGCAUGGUUUACCACCACGUAUAAGAGGAAAAAUAUGGAAAAUGGCUAUUGGAAAUGAACUUGGUUUAACAUAUGAACUUUUUACACAACUUGAACAAAUGGCAAGAGAAAAAUUAGAAGUAACAAAACAAGCAGAAGAUGCUCGUAGUAAUCAUUCAGGAUCACCACAAUUAGGAACAACAUUUUCACAUUCAAGUGAAACAACAAGUACAUAUAUUGAACUUAUUCAACUUGAUGUAUCAAGAACAUUUCCACAACUUGGACUUUUUCAACAAUAUGGACCAUACCAUGAAUAUCUUCAAUUAUUACUUUGUAUAUAUGUAUAUCUUUGUCCUGAAGUUGGUUAUGUACAAGGUCAAGCAUUUUUAGCUGCUAUGUUUUUAUUAAAUCUUGAUUUAUUUGAUUCAUUUAUUUGUUUUUCAAAUUUAUUAAAUCGUCCAUAUUUUCAAACUUUUUAUCGUUUUAAUAAUAUUGAUAAAUAUUUACAAUUAUUUAAACAAUUACUUAAUUAUCAUUUACCUAAAUUAAGUGCACAUUUUAUUCAUAUGUCAAUUGAACCAAAUUGUUUUGCAUUAGAUUGGUUUUUUACAAUAUUUUCUAAAUCAUUACCACUUGAUGUUGUAUCACGUAUAUGGGAUUUAUUUUUUCGUGAUGGUGAUGCAUUCAUAUUUCGUACAGCUAUAGCUAUAUUAUCAUUAUAUGAAGAACGUUUAUGUCAAUUAGAUACAUUUCAUUGUUUACAAUUUUUAACACGUUUACCAGAUGAUCUUAAUGUUACAUCAUUAUUUAAAGCAAUUGAUAAAAUUAAUUUUGAUCAUACUAAUUGUGAAUUAUUUUAUUUAAUUGCUUAA